CUGAUAUUUGGAAAGAAUUUGUCCACAAAUAUGAUCCCAGUGGUAAAUACCAAGAGGCGUUUCAAGACUUUUUAAAGUCAUAAAAUGAAAAUGAUUUGGUUAUUAAUUAUUGUUGUUGCAACAUUAUCUACGACAGUUGCAGCUGACUUCUACAGUUCCCGGUAUGACAAUUUCGAUGUUCAGCCACUUUUAGAUAAUAAUAGAAUACUUCUCAGUUACGCUAAAUGUUUUCUCGACCAAGGACCAUGCACACCUGACGCCAAGGAUUUUAAAAAGGUCAUUCCCGAGGCCUUGGAGACAUCAUGUGGCAAAUGUACACGCAAACAGAAACAACUGAUCAAAAAAGUAAUUGGCGCCUUAAUGGAGAGACACCCUGAAGCCUGGAAUCAGCUCAUGGAGAAGUAUGAUAAGGAUAAAAAAUAUAGAGACAAUUUUAAUAAAUUCUUAAAUGAAAAGGAGUAACGUUAAUUAGGUCAAGUGAAUAAUUAUAUUCUGUUGUUUUAAGAUGUAAAUCUUAUAUGUAUAAUGUAGUUUAUGCCGUCUUGUAUAUUUCCACUGUGAUAAUAGCAACAUGCAAGAUCGAGUGUAAAUGGGAAGUAAUGUGAUACUGUGACGCAAAUGUGACGUUUGACUUAAUAAGUGCAAAUUAUUACUUGCAUGCAACACACAAAAUACCUGGAAAACUUUGUACACAUUGCAACUGCUUCGUGUUCUUGAAAUCAUUCCCGCAUAUCUUACAUAAUCAACUAUAUCAAAGAUAUUUGGUUCAUUACUGUUAAAACAAUUCAAUCGUAAAAUCUGCUAUCUUAAUUAGAAUCAUUUUAUAAGAAAAAUUAAGCACAUCAGGAAAUAUUUAUAAAUAUUUAUUAUACUGUAAAUUACACUUGUAUGGGAUUA